UGACUGAGGUGACCCUUGGAAUGCCAAACUGAGACUUUGUAGGGGAUGGAGAGGCUUAGUCAAUUAAAUCCAGUAGGCUGCAGCCUGACAGCACAACAGGAAGGGGAGCAGGCACACAGUAGGCUACAUCAAACCAAGGGUGAUUCUUACUGAAGUGUUGGAGAAAGGACAAGGACCUGCACUCAGAGUACCUGGACCCGCAAGACAACAGCACUGAACAUGUCCUCAAUGCUGCAAAAGCUGAUCACCCCGCUGUUCAGUGGUCCUCCUGAGCCCCCCAGGAAUAAAGUGACAGUGGUGGGCGUGGGCCAGGUUGGCAUGGCCUGUGCUGUCAGCAUCCUGCUCAGGGAGCUGGCUGAUGAACUGGCCCUGGUGGAUGUGAUGGAGGACAAGCUGAAAGGAGAGAUGAUGGACCUGCAGCAUGGCAGCCUCUUCCUCAAAACCCCAAAAAUUGUCGCAGACAAAGACUACUCUGUGACAGCAAACUCCCGCAUCGUAGUGGUGACAGCUGGAGUCCGUCAGCAGGAGGGAGAGAGCAGGCUGAACCUCGUCCAGAGAAACGUCAACAUCUUUAAACACAUCGUCCCUCAGAUCGUCAGAUACAGCCCCGACUGCACCAUUAUUGUGGUUUCCAACCCAGUUGAUGUGCUGACUUAUGUAACCUGGAAACUGAGCGGCCUUCCCCAGCACCGCGUCAUCGGCAGCGGCACCAACUUGGACUCGGCACGCUUCCGCUUCCUGAUGGCCGAAAAACUGGGAAUCCACUCCAGCAGCUUCAACGGCUGGAUCCUGGGAGAACAUGGAGACACCAGUGUGCCUGUGUGGAGUGGAACAAACGUGGCCGGAGUCAACCUGCAGACAUUAAACCCGGACAUCGGCACUGACUGUGACAAUGAGAACUGGAUGGAAACACACAAGAUGGUGGUGGACAGUGCCUACGAGGUGAUCAAACUGAAGGGUUACACCAACUGGGCCAUCGGUCUGAGUGUAGCUGACCUGACAGAAAGCCUCAUCAGGAACAUGAACAGGAUUCAUCCUGUUUCCACCAUGGUGAAGGGCAUGUAUGGGAUCAGUGAGGAGGUGUAUCUGAGUCUGCCCUGCGUGCUGAACAGCGGAGGUGUGGCCAGUGUGAUCAACAUGACCCUGACAGAUGACGAGGUGGCCCAACUACAAGCCAGUGCCAACACGCUGUGGGACAUCCAGAAGGACCUGCAGGACGUCUAACUGAACACAUGGGGGUGAUGUAGAUGUACCCUCCUGAUGUAUUAUCACUCUGCAAUCUCUAAACCCCACACAGCUCCACCCUCCAUACCUUCAACACACUGCCCUCUGUAGAUUCACAGGCGUAUGGGAGUUUAAUCCCGUCAGAUUUAGCUGUAGGUGUCAGUUUGUGACUUCA